AAUACCAAAAUCGUAGGAAUUCAAUAGUUUUCAUUUAUUUGUCGAAAAUGAAGUAUGAAAUAGAAGACUUUUCAUCUAUAUUUUGCUUUGGCCAUUCAACAAUAUCAUCUACAGAAGAAGGGGAUUUAUGUUACGAGAUAAGUAAUUGCAAAGAUUUCGCAUAUGAUCAAAUUUUCGAUUCUGUACAGGUAUUGGGUCUUAUGCACCAGGAGUAUUUUUUUGAAACUGUUUCAGAAAUCUUCAGAAAAAAGGAAAUUUUAGCAUCAAAGGAAAGAUUUAUGUCUUUCGUGCUUUCGAGAUGCAUGAAGUUAUCAGAAAUUCCGACACUUUUUAAUUUCUUAGUCCUAUGUACUUUCAUUGAUAAUCUUAUUUCUUGCAUUUGUAAUGAAGUGGAGUGCUUCAAAGUUGUAAAGAUGGCUUCGAAGUGUGUGACAGCAGCUUUUCGUCGACGAUAUGUGGAUUUAUUUGAUAAAGAAAAUGGCUUCAAAGGAUUCGCCAAUUAUUGUGAAAAGUUAAAUGCGACUGUACUCAAUCCUUCAGGACAUGAUUCUGAAACCGAUAGUGAAGACAGUUUGGAUCUUGAAGAAUUUAUACCCCCUGAUACUGAUGAAGUAAUUAAUCUUUUACGAAGUUUUAAAGAAAUUGAUGAUUCAGAUUUUUUGUUGACAGAUUCUGAGAAAAAAUUUCUAUAUGAGCAAGAUGCAUUGGCUUUAGAUAUUGAUCCUGCUGAAGAUGUAUUUAUUCCUUUAAAUGAAAGCACAGAAACGACAGAAGUUAAGAACUUAGGCAUGGCUAGCUCAGAAUCAACUGAACUUAAGGACAUAGAAAUGGCUAUGCAAAAUCUCAAUAUUGAAUCAAAAAAAAUUUUGGAACGCAUUAAUAAUUACUGUCUUAUGUGUGAAGAUAAUUGUUAUAAAGAAGUUGUGUGUGUUGCUAAAGAAUUAGAGCUGUGUGAGUUUUAAAUAUGUACAAAAUGUUAUUGCAUAAUUUUGAAAUAAUUUGCAUUAUACCAAGUAGUGAACAUGUGAAUAUUUAUUUUGGAAAAAAUAUUUGAAAUUGAAAAUUUAUUUUUUAAACUAACUUUAAAUUGUUAAUAAAGGUUUGGACUACUUACUGUUGAUUUAAUGUUCUGGUUAUCAUUGUAUAUUAAUAUAGAUUAUUGUUAAAGAAUAUGACACUGUUGUGUCAUCAAGCCUACAACAAUUAGCUUUUAACUGGUAAGUCGGAAGUGAAAUUUGGAUUGAUAAUUGUUAUAAAGAAGUUGUGUGUGUUGCUAAAGAAUUAGAGCUGUGUGAGUUUUAAAUAUGUACAAAAUGUUAUUGCAUAAUUUUGAAAUAAUUUGCAUUAUACCAAGUAGUGAAUAUUUAUUUUGGAAAAAAAUAUUUGAAAUUGAAAAUUUAUUUUUUAAACUAACUUUAAAUUGUUAAUAAAGGUUUGGACUACUUACUGUUGAUUUAAUGUUCUGGUUAUCAUUGUAUAUUAAUAUAGAUUAUUGUUAAAGAAUAUGACACUGUUGUGUCAUCAAGCCUACAACAAUUAGCUUUUAACUGGUAAGUCUGAAGUGAAAUUUGGAUUGAUAAUUGUUAUAAACAAGUUGUGUGUGUUGCUAAAGAAUUAGAGCUGUGUGAGUUUUAAAUAUGUACAAAAUGUUAUUGCAUAAUUUUGAAAUAAUUUGCAUUAUACCAAGUAGUGAAUAUUUAUUUUGGAAAAAAAUAUUUGAAAUUGAAAAUUUAUUUUUUAAACUAACUUUAAAUUGUUAAUAAAGGUUUGGACUACUUACUGUUGAUUUAAUGUUCUGGUUAUCAUUGUAUAUUAAUAUAGAUUAUUGUUAAAGAAUAUGACACUGUUGUGUCAUCAAGCCUACAACAAUUAGCUUUUAACUGGUAAGUCUGAAGUGAAAUUUGGAUUGAUAAUUGUUAUAAACAAGUUGUGUGUGUUGCUAAAGAAUUAGAGCUGUGUGAGUUUUAAAUAUGUACAAAAUGUUAUUGCAUAAUUUUGAAAUAAUUUGCAUUAUACCAAGUAGUGAAUAUUUAUUUUGGAAAAAAAUAUUUGAAAUUGAAAAUUUAUUUUUUAAACUAACUUUAAAUUGUUAAUAAAGGUUUGGACUACUUACUGUUGAUUUAAUGUUCUGGUUAUCAUUGUAUAUUAAUAUAGAUUAUUGUUAAAGAAUAUGACACUGUUGUGUCAUCAAGCCUACAACAAUUAGCUUUUAACUGGUAAGUCUGAAGUGAAAUUUGGAUUGAUAAUUGUUAUAAACAAGUUGUGUGUGUUGCUAAAGAAUUAGAGCUGUGUGAGUUUUAAAUAUGUACAAAAUGUUAUUGCAUAAUUUUGAAAUAAUUUGCAUUAUACCAAGUAGUGAAUAUUUAUUUUGGAAAAAAAUAUUUGAAAUUGAAAAUUUAUUUUUUAAACUAACUUUAAAUUGUUAAUAAAGGUUUGGACUACUUACUGUUGAUUUAAUGUUCUGGUUAUCAUUGUAUAUUAAUAUAGAUUAUUGUUAAAGAAUAUGACACUGUUGUGUCAUCAAGCCUACAACAAUUAGCUUUUAACUGGUUUAUUCCAAAAAUAUGGGACUUCAUAAAUACUAAUUCUAUGAUAAUUAGUCUAAUCAAAUAAGAAGGUGAAAUUUUUAAUAAAUAAUCCCAUAUUAAACACAUAGCCGUCUGGAAAGCUCAUAUCCUGGACGAACAAGCAUGGUGUGUGGAAAGCGCUCUUUAAGGCAAUGUGAUGAGGCAAUGUUGGGUUCUUAACUACCUGUAAAUUUGUCGCAAAGGCUG